AUGCCAGAAGUCCCGGAGAACAUGCAGGAUAAUAUCGCGCACCUCGAACACGAGGCCCGAAACCCCCACCACAACCAGUAUGAUCGUUCGCGUUACCCUGAACGAACUACCUCUGCGGUCGCUCAGGGUCAGGCUUCCCCAACCGCCGCCUACGAUUCCGCUCGUUUUGAGCAAGCCGCUGUCCACGACACUAUGGACGCCCCCAACUUUUCGCCAUUCCCAGUCCUGCGCAAUCCUCCACCUAACGUCCCCCCGACCGAUGAGCAGAGGGAGGUAAACUUGGAGAGGGCCCGCAUGGCCGUGCUGUCGUCAAAUGAUCCUGAUAUGCAGUUGGCCUGGGCGCAGGAUGCGCUCGCCUAUGUGGAAGUUGCUAUGCAAAAUGAGGCUCGUCUGUCGUUGAUUCAGCCCCCGCGCCCUCAGACCCCUCCGGCGGAGCGGCAGCUGAAACUCGAUGCGAUGAAUAUCGUCAACUUUUUAGCGGAGCAAUAUCAUCCCAAGGCCGAAUUCAUCAAGGGAAUGUGGCUGGAGUUUGGCAAGUUUGGAUACCGCGUGGACAAGAAGGAGGCUUUCCGUGCCUAUUCGAGAGCUGCGGAGAAAGGCUACGCAAGAGCCGAGUAUCGUAUCGGCAUGCAAUUCGAGAGUUCGGGAGAGCCAGAGAAAGCCAUCAAGCAUUACGAGAAGGGGGUUGCGCUCGCAGACUCGGCUUCAUUCUACCGCCUGGGAAUGAUGAUCCUUCUGGGACAGCAUGGACAACGCCAAGACUAUCAAAUGGGUCUCAACUAUAUCAGCCUUGCUGCGCAGUCCUGCGACGAAAAUGCGCCUCAGGGAGCUUACGUUUACGGUAUGCUUUUGGCACGAGAGCUGCCGCAGGUAAACGUUCCUGAGCAGUUCUUGCCGCUCGAUCUGAAUGCUGCUCGCGUCAACAUCGAGAAGGCUGCUUACCAUGGGUUCGCUAAGGCCCAAGUCAAGAUGGGUGCGGCCUAUGAACUGUGCCAACUUAGCUGUGAUUUCAACCCUGCAUUGUCCUUGCACUACAACGCGCUGGCUGCACGCCAAGGCGAGCCAGAAGCAGAGAUGGCUAUCAGCAAAUGGUUCCUCUGCGGCCAUGAGGGGGUCUUUGAAAAGAAUGAUGAAUUGGCGUUCAUGUAUGCUCAACGUGCGGCUCAAAGUGGAUUCCCCACCGCUGAGUUCGCCUUGGGCUAUUUCUACGAAGUCGGUAUCUUCGUUCCGGUGGAUAUCAAAGAAGCCAGGAGCUGGUAUGCCAAAGCUGCAGCAAAUGGAAACAAAGACGCGACUGGCCGGAUCGAUAGCAUCUCGCGCUCCAAGACCCUAUCCAGGAAGGAUCAUGAACAGGUUGCGAUUGCCCGGAUCAAGUCGACUCGCUAUGGCAAUGGCCCGCGAGGGCCCCCCUUGAAGCCGCCUCAGGAGAAUCUCGAAAUGCCCGAUCCCUCCAGAAUGACUCUAUCAGAUAACCCACCCGCCGCGCCCGCUCCUUACCCUGACAGACCGGGAUCUCGUGCUCGACCUGUGUAUCCGCCAGGAUAUCCAAUGGGUGCGGACCCCCGGCCGAGUUCUGCAUUUGGAAUCAACCCGAAUAUUCGGUCGAACGCGCCCAACUACAACCGUGCUGCUUCGUACGGGCCUAGCGCCAUGGGAUACCGCUCACCAGGCCCCAGUACGCCAUCAACGACUAGCCCAACAAGCCCAGCGUCGGCAGCACCUAAACUCGAUAUUGGCUACUCAGCACCCCUCGAGAAUCCUCACCCCGAUGCUCGCAGACGUCCUCAGCGACUGGACAACAUGCCUCCUCCAGACAGGAGACCUGUGCGGGGCCCUGCGUCUCCCCACUCCCAGGGUGGACCGAUGGGCUCUCCUAGGCCGCCUGCCUCGCCUUCCACGGCAGCAUAUCCCCCACGGACUGAAUCCAUGCCACCGCCCGGUGCUGCAGCGACGCCCCGGCCCUCAUCAUCGUCUGCUUCCACACCUAAGCCUCCUCCCUCAACUUCGACUCCCAAGCCUCCCUCCACGGCUUCAAGCACAUCUAGCCAAAAACCCGCAUCCGCUAAACAGCAUGGUAACCUGCCAGGCAAGGGCCCCAAAACAUUCGAGGAGAUGGGUGUCCCGACUGUCCAGAAAGACAAUGAUUGCAUCGUCAUGUGA